UUCAAGCAGAGUGAAGUUUCUCAGUGACAAUGAGAGGUCGAAUUCUCUUUAUUCUACUUUUUCAAGUGGCACAAGUUGAAUCCCUCGAGGAAGUCAAUGGUUACCUUGGAGAUUCUGUUACCUUGCCCUCAGGAGGCAACCCAUCAUGGAAACUCUCCAAAAUCAAGUGGUCAAUAUUCCCAAACAACACUUUUAUUGCCACGUAUCGCAAUUACACCAAAAACACUGACCGCCUCAGUCGGUAUAAAGGGAGACUCGAUCUUAACACCUCUUCAGGUGAUUUGACAAUUUGUAAUUUGACCAGAGAUGACGACAUGGAAUACACUGUAGACCUCAUCGACACUGAGAAAAACAACAUUGUAAACAAGAUCAAGCUCACAGUGUUAAAACACCUUCAGAGACCGACCAUAGAGAGAAUCCCCAAUACACCUUCACAUGAACACUGUUUCAUAAAGUUGCGUUGUACAUCUACGGAUGAAGGUGUUGACUUCUCCUGGGAGGUUAAACCUGACAGUGUGCCCCACGCGAGUAACCGUGAUGGUAACUCUGGAGUUCUUUCCGCCUACCUCAGCAGCCCACAGACCAACAUCACCUGCAUCUCCAGCAAUAAUAAGGAGAGAACCUCAAGUUCUGUCAGUCCAAAGUGUGAUGAUAGAAAGCCACAACCUCAGCCUCUGCCCAGGGAUAGGUUUGGUCUUCAUGGUUUCAUUGCACUUGUGGCAGCUUUAAUAAUCAUGUUAAUACCAAUAACCAUUUGGAAAGGUGGAGAGGGAAGCAGCAACAGCACCAUUGCUACAGGUGGUCCUGCAGAACUGGAGAUUGUGCACACUUUAGGCACAGAGCAGAAACUUUCAGGUGGAGAGGGAAGCAGCAACAGCACUGCAGAACUGGAGAUUGUGGACACUUCAGGCACAGAGCAGAGACUUUCAGAAAAACUGUGUCCAGCUGAAAAUUCAUCAUAAUCAGUUAUAGAACUAUAAAAGACACAAGUUUGAAGAUGCUUCAAAGACUGCACUACAAAAACAUCAAUGGUGAAUGAAGACGACCACCACAUUUGAGCAGCAUUAGGAGUGUGUUUUGUUUUAUCGGCAAAAAACUGAAAAUCAGUAUUAGUAAAAACUGCGUGUUGUAUAUUUUUGACUGAGACAAUUAAAGAAAAUAAUGUAUUUUUAUAUUAUCUGCAGAGAAUGGACACAUUAUAAUGAACACCUGCAUUAUGUAAUGCAUCCCACUAAAUUCCAUAAACUGCUGAUUUAGGUGAAUCAGCACAGACUGACC